UUCGUAGCUGCAGCAUGAGCUCGUCCAAGGUUGUCGACAAGUCGCUCUUCCUCGAGACGCUCAAGGUGCUUGGCGUCCGCGCCGAAGGCAAGCAGAUCGGACAGAUUGUCAAGCUCUUCUCCAAGCAUUUGCUCAACCGGCCCAAGCUGCGCAACGUCGUGCCGAUUCCCGCGGAAGCGCACAAGCUCGUCUUGCUGGCCGAGAGUAUCAAGAGCCUUGAGAGCUCGCCGAUCGACCUCCAAGAGUACAUCAAGAAGGAGAACCUUUCCGUGCACACGCACGAGAUCCAGCUCGACUACUCGUUCUGGGGCGUCGACCAUGUGCUGCGGAAGCUGCUCCCCGCGUCCAUCACGGAGGUGCCGGCGUCGUUCGAGACGAUUGGGCACAUUGCGCACAUCAACCUGCGCGAGUUCCAUCUCCCGUACAAGCACAUUAUCGGCCAAGUCAUCCUCGACAAGAACGGCCCGCGCAUCAAGACGGUCGUCAACAAGACCGAUACGAUUGAUACGGUCUUCCGCACCUUUCCCAUGGAGGUCCUCGCCGGCGAAGACAACAUGGUCGUCGAGCUUCACGAAAGCGGCUGCAACUUUACCUUCAACUUUGCCCAGGUCUACUGGAACUCGCGCCUUCAGCAAGAGCAUUUGCGCAUGAUCCGCCAGUUUGACCCGAAGAAGGAUAUCAUCUGCGACAUGAUGUGCGGCAUUGGACCGUUCGCAGUCCCGCUCGCCAAGAAGGGCUGCACCGUCUACGCCAACGACCUCAACCCGAAGAGCUUUGAGUACCUCCAGAUCAACCGGACGAAGAACAAGGUCGAGGCCAAAUUGCACCCGCACAACAUGGACGGCCGCGCGUUCCUCCACGAGCUCCUCGAGAAGCGCAUCCAGUUUACUCAAGUGCUCAUGAACCUCCCGGCGAUCGCGCUCGAGUUCCUUGAUGCGUUUCCUGGCCGCUUUGAUCACUGGGAGGGCGAGCUGCCGUUCAUCCAUACGUACUGCUUCUCGUCCGAAGUCGACGCACCGGAAAAGGACGUCCAAGAGCGCGCGGAAGCGAUCCUUGGCGCCAAGCUCGAUAUGGCGACGACGACCAUCUACCAAGUGCGCGACGUGGCGCCCAAGAAGCUCAUGAUGUGCAUCUCGUUCCAGCUGCCCGCGGCCGCAGCCUACUCGGAGGAGAAGCGCCAGAGCAUGAAGCGGCAAAAGGUCGCCGCCUAAGUGCCAUGAGACCGACAAUAUGACUCAAUGUCUUCUUACGAGCGUUAUCCUCGAG